AUGUAUAAUUAAAAGAGAAUAAAAAUGUAUAUUUACAGUUAUCGUCCAGAAGAUUUGAUUGGAUCAGGAUACAAUAGUCAAGUAUUUAAAGGCCAAAAUGAUGUAAAUGGAGAUAUUGUUGCAAUAAAAGUAUGGAAAUAUUUUAAAUCAAGGUUUGUGAUCACUCAAGGGUGUAGCAUUAAAUAGAAAAAUAGUUAUUUCUAUAAGAAAUCGCAGCAUUAUAAGUCUUAGAUUCGCUUAACAUUGUUAAAAUGCCUUUUUACAUUCAUAAUAAAUAUUGUACAUAUAUUGUAACUGAAUACUGUAAUUAGUGUAUUAUAUAUUUUUAAUUCUAUAUAGGUGAUUUAGAAAAUAUGAUUAUGAAAAGAGGGUAUAUACCUGAAAAUUAGGCAAUCUUAAUAUUUUAUUAGAUUUUGACAGGAUUAAAAGACCAAAUCUCAAAGGGAGUCAUUCAUGCAGAUCUAAAACCAUCAAAUAUUUUGAUAUAAAAGGGUAUUUAUAAGAUUGCCAAUUAUGGACAUUCAAGGAUGAUUUAUUCUCAAAACCAAUAAGUAUAAUAUAAUGUUAGUACAACUCUAUAUAAUUAAACUUAAACAUCAGUAAAGAAUGAUAUUUGGAAUUUGGGAGUAUUUUUUUAUAAAAUUCUGACUGGUAAUGUCCAUAAUAUUAUCUUAGGAAAGUUACCUUGGUAGGCGGAUAGAGAAUAAGAAUUUGUUAAAUUUCCACAAAAAUCCUAUUCAAUUUUCCGAUAACAUAAUAAUUUUAUCAGCAGCUAAAGAUCUUAUUAAUAAAUGUUUAUAAUUAGAUGA